AUGGCUCCGGUCGAACCUGACGCGAUCGCGCGAACAAACGCAAAGCCCAUCGCUCUUUUCUCCGCCCAAGUCUUGCUCGUCGCCGGUCUCACGACCCAGGUCUUGCUCACUGCUCGUCGCGCCGCGCGCUCGCUUCCUCCCUCGACCUCUACGCGCAAACAGGAGCCAUUCCGUCGUCGUCAUGCGAUCGUCUUCUCUACUCUCGCGCUCUUGUCUUUGGUGUCGGUAACGACGUUCGCCGUCAUGUGGCGCGCUCUGUCGUACCUGGAAUGGGCGGAGAUGGGCAGUCAUGAAACCCCGGGUAGCCUGUGGACGGGCUGGUAUGGUACCGGAGACGAGGGCGUCGGUAGAUGGAGGCUGGGCGAUUGGUUAAGCGACAAAGAUUUGGUACGCGAGUCGGACAUGGUGGCAGUUUCCAAGCCAGAGGCCUUCCUCUACACCAGCCAGCAUUUUGUAGGAGUCUUAGGAAAUGCUAUGUUCAUGGGUAUUGAGGGCCGCGGACGCAAUUUCUCCGCCGCAACCAUUGCAUCAUUCGUCGUCCUCAGCGCAUUGGGUAGCCUUGGAUAUGCGCUGAAUCUCUUCUUCAUCACCGUGCUGUACACUCCUAUGGCAAUACACAGCGAAGACACGCCCCGACACGACGCUUUGUUUGCCCCGAAGCCCGCGGUAUAUUACGUGCCUAUCAUCCUUUCUGUCCUGGCCCUCAAUACAUUACCGACGCUCUUGGGCAAAGGCGAAGAUAUCACCCUUCUCCGCUAUGGGUACCUCCUUGUACCACUCUUCCUGGCUUUUGCACCACAAAUCAUCCCCUUAGCGUUGGGUCACCAGCACACCUCCAAGGCCUCAGCGCACCGGUCCCUUAGCAGGGCGUUCUAUGCCUUGGCAGUGACCUCGUUCGUCCUGCACUGGAAGCUGUUCGGGUUUACGUUCUUGGUAAACACGCCUCCAGAGCAAGCAUCCGUCUAUGACCUACUCAAGAACGCUGUUGGGAAGCAAGGCCAAACAAAGCCGAACAGACUGCUUGCUGGCAUUGGUAACACUGCACAGAAGCUCAAAUUGAUCAGCAAGCAUCCAGCCAUAAGCGUCACGACGCUUGACGUCCUCUUGACUACCACCAGCCUCCUCGUUUGGACCUUCACUCGCGAUCUAGACGUAGAAGCUAUCUUGGGGAACAGCGUCCUCUCUUUUCUAGCUCCCCGCAGGGCAGAGAAGCAUGUUGCGUUCGACUCAAAAGCUAAGACUGCAGACGAGAACGUUGAGCUUGAACCGGCCGUGCCGGCUGUAACUCCGCGAAAGCGCGGGCGGCCAAGGAAGAGCACUCUCACAAACGGCGCGUCUUCAGCUUCCGCUUCCUCGACCGGUACUCUGAGGAGAAGCAACAGAAGAAAAGGGAAGAGUGACUACGAGUCGGAUGCGGAAGAAGCUUAUGAGCCAACGGAGUCUGCUAAGAAGGAGGUGGUACAGACUGUAACCGACGGCGCAACGGCUGCGGAAGAUAUCGUUCACGGCGGCGAGGCAACGGCACUCGCACUAUGCCUCGCAUUCAUCGGUGGGCUUGGUCAGCUAGCUGCAGGCGUUUUAGGAGCUGAAGCGACCGGCACGGGAGAAUAG